CUCCCAAGUAUCCAUAAUUUCUACCCCAAAUAUUUUUUUCUACCCCAACCUCCUCACCCACCACAAAGAAGUCUUGAUAUCGUGAUGAUAAAUCACAAUUUAUCUACCCCAAAUCCCUUCAUUUCGUGUACCUGUGUCAUUAAGAAAUUCCCAAGAACUGUGAGAUCCGUUGGGGUAGAAAGAGGAUAUAUAAACCAGGCCUCCUAUCUCCAUCUCCAUGCCAUCCCCUUCAAUCUACUUCAACUUCUUCACUUCACCCCCAAAAAAUCAAAUACAAACAACCACCUCACAAUGUCCACCCAAACAGUCUUCCGCCUCACCCAGGCAGAGGGCAUCUCCGGCCUCCACGCCACGCAAGAACCCAUCCCCACCCCCGGCCCGCACGAACUCCUCAUCAAAAUCCACAGCAUCGCCCUCAACUACCGCGACACCGCCAUCGCAACCUCCACCUACCCGCUCCCCAUCCGCGACGGCGUAGUCCCGACCUCCGACAUGGCGGGCUCAGUCGUCGAACUCGGUCCCCUCGUCACCGGUUUCGAGGUCGGGGAUCGAGUGAUCCCGCCCGUCAGCGCGUCGUACCUGUAUGGCGCGUUUAAAGAGGGCGUGGAUGCGUACGGGAGCGUCGAGGAUGGGAUGUUGAGGGAGUAUGUUGUGUUGCCGGCGCAUAUUGUUGUGAAGCUGCCCACGGGAGCGAAGAUCGGGUUUAGGGAGUGGGCGGCGGUGGUGUGUACCGGUGCUACGGUGUGGAAUGCGUUUUAUGGGAAUGUGGCGUUGAGGCCGGGGGAUACGGUGUUGCUUCAAGGGACGGGAGGAGUUUCUAUCACAGGGCUCGUUUUUGCAAAAGCUGCCGGGGCAAUAAUUAUCGUGACGUCGUCCAGCGACGAGAAGCUCGAGAAGGCGAAGGCGCUGGGUGCUGAUUAUACUAUUAACUAUAAGACGCAUCCUAACUGGGCGGCUGAGGUUCUUCGUCUCACGAACGGCGAAGGUGUAGAUCACAUCAUCGAGAACGGCGGUCUUGGGACGAUUGAACAGAGCCUUGAGUGUGUUGCGGCAUCAGGAGUCAUCUCUCUGAUCGGGUUCUUGUCGAAUGCAGGACAGCAGAGCCAGCCUAGCAUCUUGAUGCCAGCCCUCGUCAAGGCCGUUGUAGUGCGUGGCGUCCGGGGCGGGUCGAAGCAUCAAUUGGAGGAAGUGGUGCGAUAUAUGGGGAAACACGAGCUCGCGAUGCCGGUGGGCAAGGUGUUUGGCUUCAACAGGGAAGAGAUCGUGGCUGCGUUCGAGUAUGUUGCUUCUGGGAAGCACUUUGGGAAAGUGUGUAUUAGUUUGGAUUGAAAUCGGCUAGAAGUUGAAG